UGCGCUGAAUGUCGUUAACCGGAUCACAUGUUCGCCGGCAGCACGACUCGACGAAUGAUACUAGCUGCAUAAAUCUGAGCGUCGUCGUCUCUUUUUCCCUGUGAAAAUCGAGGAAUUACCAAUGUCUUGCGCAGCGACAGAAACCACUGUUCCGUCGAUCAACGGCGAAAGGUGUGCGCGGUUUGCUGCGAGCUUACGAUCGUAACCUUCGUUCUGCAGCUCCACUACCGUAUAUACGGUGUUUAUAGCGUUGUCUUUUACUCUUACUAGGAGAAGGAGUUGGAUGAGCGACUGGCUCCCUUCUUGGCGACCCACUUCUGAGGCCCAGCUUGAAGAGGCCGAGAAAAACAUCUUGAGCUCUCUGAGUUCAGAGUACAGGGACUUGUAUGUUCCAAUAGGAGAGGGAGCAGUCAUCAGGUGUCUGGUGAUGGAGCCACAGGAGCCCUCCUUCCCUGAAAAGACACCUCUUGUCCUGAUCCAUGGCUUUGGCUGCGGCAUCGUCCAGUUCUUCAAGAACUUGGACCACCUCCACCGCGACAGAAGACUGUAUGCUCUGGACCUGCCCGGCUUUGCCCGCUCCACUCGCAUCCCCUUCCCCGAGGAAGCAGAGGCCGUGGAGGCAGCGUUUGUGUCAGCUCUGGAGCGGUGGAGGGAGGGAGUGGGACUGGAGAGGUUUGUGCUGCUCGGCCACAGUCUCGGAGGGUUCCUCUCUCUCUCCUACUCCAUGACCCACCCGUACCGAGUCAGACACCUCAUCCUGGACGACCCCUGGGGACUGGUGGACCCAAUCGCUGAGGAAGAACUCCAACAAAAGUACUCACUUUUGUUCAGAAGCAUCCUGAAGAUUGCCUCCAGAUUCAAGCCCUUUGACUGGAUUCGUGGAACUGGACCACUUGGACCACACAUUCUGCGAAGGUCACGGAGAGAUCUGGGCAGAGUGUUCAGGGAAGACUUUCUGGACUAUGUCUACCACAGCAAUGUUCAGAAUCCAACGUGAGUGGCCUCCCUUUGUGCAUUAGUGGAACCCCUCUAAUCCAGAUACCAAUGUGACGGAAGGAAGUAGACAGGGUGUCCCUUUUUCAGGAGUUUGUUGCAAGAACCUGUGCUUUUCUUGGGGAAAGAAAGAUAGAGAGGUGUUCUCAUUCUGGGGUGUUCUCAGAGAGGGGUUCCACUGUAUAGUGUCAGUGUGGCAGAUAGUUGUGAUGUCAGUUGUGAUGGUUUGUCUUCCAGAGGUGAAGAGGGGUACUUCUGCAUGCAGCAUCGGUUUGCCUGGGCCAAGAGACCAAUGCUUCAUCGGAUAGGAACAGAUCUGAACCCCGACCUCCCGGUGUCAAUCAUCUAUGGGGCUAGGUCGUGGGUGUACAGUUUGGACAAGUCAGUGAUGGAACUGUUCAGUGGGGCUCGGCCGGAGGGCUCCUACGUGGGGACCUACCUGGUGGACGAUGCUACUCACCACGUCCACGCUCACAAGCCAGAGGAGUUCAAUGAGACUGUCAGAGAGAUACUGGAGAUCGUGGACUCUUCUGCCGACAUGACAUACUGCAGAGCAUCUACCUAAUGUUUGUUUCACUUUAUUUAUCCGUGUUUACUGUUAUCGUCAGUAUUCAUUUUCAAUGUGUACUGUUUUUCCCGUUG